AUGGAUACUGGACUGGACUGCUUGGAAACAGAGUUCCCUAGGCUACAUGAGUUGUUAGUUUUGCAUGGGUUAACAUGCAUGGACUUACUUUUGAUGGGUAAUGCCUGUCAGGUUGCAAGAAGGGUGGGUCGCUCGGCUUUAGAAGUAGGUGAGUACUUGGCCAAACUCCGACUACUUAUUCAAUGUUCUGAAAGGAAAUUAGAUAAGAAUCAAAUCGAUUUACAUGUAUCGACAGGCUUACCAUCCUUGGACGCACAAUUAGGAGGAGGAAUAAUUUAUGGGGAUGUGACGGAAGUAGUUGGUGCAAGUGGUUCCGGUAAGUCACAAUUUCUUUUAAAUUUGGCGUUAAGAAUCCAACCGUGCAUCGUAAUAACUACUGAGGCCCCAUUGGAAACACGACGAAUGAGUGAUAUGAUACCAAAGACGGAGGCAAAGGAGCCCAUAUUGAAUAAUGUUUCGUACAUAUACUGCCCAGAUUUAGAAUAUCAGGAUCAUAUUCUAUAUACUCAAUUGCCAAUAAAAUUGCUUGAAGGGGGAAUUAAGUGUGUAAUAAUUGACAGUAUAUCUCACCAUUUACGUCGAGAUGACGCGAUCACCCCAUCUGAUUAUUUGAUAAGACAAUUGCUGGAGCAACAGAAACAGUUGAAUUGUGAAGGUCUUAAGCAUUUCGAACACGAGCAUGACCAAAUGCGAAAUUUAUUCUUUAAAUCUGAUGCAAAAUAUACCGAUAGACAAUCGAAACAGCAAUAUGUGCAUGGAUUAUAUUCUUAUCUUCUGAGGUUAGCAAGGGAAUACCAUAUUGCGAUUGUUGUUGCAAAUCAAGUGAGCGACUAUUCAACUCCUUUUGAAGACUGUGUAACCAGUAAUGCUCUUGACCUAGACUGCCAAAUUGGGUUGUAUUCUGGCUGGGAUAAUUCUACUGCCUAUAAUAGCUGUCACCCUGAAUCACUGCUCCAGGUGAAUUUUAAUCGAUCGUUGGAUUUACAAGAAGCCUUAAUGGGUUCAAUUUUUGAGAAUUUAGAUGAACCACCGUCAAAAAGGUCAAAGGUUGAUGAAAUGCAAUCAAGUCUGCAUAGAUUGAGUACUUCAGAGCAGAUGCAAAUGCUCGAUGAGCUACACUCAUACACUGGGAUGGUGACGAAAAAGCAAGUGCCUACACUUGGAUACCCUUGGUCGCGGUUUGUUAGAAACCGAAUUCUUUUGAUUAAAACCUACAAACCUAUUUAUAAGGAUGACGUGGCCAUUUCACAAUCGGAUAAUUCUUCUCGACUAAAUACCCAAAGAAAACCUUUGAGGAGUCUUGAUUCAAUUAUUGGAGGUUGGCAAAUUGAACGGUACUGUCGAGUGGCCAGCUCCCCAUUUGUUACCUGCAAUACUAGUAAUUACAGCAAAAUCCCAUUUCUUAUUGAAACCGCAGGAAUCUCCGAGGUCAAGAAGUCUUAA